CCAUCCCCGCCUCCCGAGCCCAAACAAACGACGCAAAGCCAGCGCAGCACUGUGCUCCGUGCUUUGACCACAAUCACCGCCGAACGCGGCCAUGCUCGCCCGCCGCUGCGGCCACUACUGACGCAGGUGAGUUUUCCCCUCCCCCACCGCCGCCGUUAUGGAUCCGGCGUCCGAGGAGCUCGAGCGCCGCAGCCACUACCUCAGCUCACUCAUCCGCCGCACCAAGCUCAAUGCCGCGCCCGCCCCGCCACCUCGUACUUCUCACCCGAAGCCGGAGACGAAGCUGGAGCUGGAGCGGGAGCGCUCGCCCAUCCGCCGCACCAAGCUCAAGCUCAACGCCGCGCCCGCCCUCCCUCCUUCUACCACUCACCCGGAGACCGGGAAACUGGAGCGGGAGCCGGGCCCUAAGAACCAGAACCUCGUUGAGGCCAAAGCGUUGGUGGAGAGGGAAGUGAAAGAGGGCGACGGAAAGGGGAAGGAGGAGAGGAAGGUCUCGGUGCGGGUCCGGGCGGCCGACAUGCCGGUGGUGCUGCAGCGGCGCGCGAUCCGGCUCGCCUACGAUGCUGUCUCUGCAACACCGCGGGCCGACGGCAAGCGUCUAGCCCUCGCGCUCAAGAAGGAAUUUGACACGUCAUACGGCCCUGCUUGGCACUGCAUUGUUGGGACAAGCUUUGGCUCCUAUGUUACUCACACAUUGGGAGGUUUCUUAUACUUCUCUGUUGACAAGGUCCACAUUCUUCUCUUCAGAACUGCUGUUGAGCCAUUAGGCCAUCUGCGGUGAGACCUAGAAUCAGUUUAUUAGGUAGUCUAGGUGCUAUGUAGUCCGUAUGGGAACAUCUAACAUGCAGAAGGGUAAGGAGGGUAUGAUAAUCUCAAUGAAAAUAUGUUGAACCAAUCUGUUAUAACUUCCAUGUAUUAGCACUUGUUGACUUUCAAGGCUGGCCUUAGGAGGUACUAACAUACUGCCUAGGCUUGUAACCUGGACUGCCAGCCUUGAUUGAGGCCUAAAUCGGCAAAGCCUAGCUCCAGGGCUUCCAUCAUUGUAA